GAUGAACUUGGCCCUCCGCCGUAUGGCGCUCCUUCCGACCAACAAAUUUAUCGACCGGAAGUUAUGAGUACGAUUGAGGAUAAAAUUGACUCGUUGGACACCGAGUUACGAGAGCUCAGUCUCAAGAUUCAUGACCAUCCCGAAACCGCAUUUCAAGAGUUCUAUGCACAUGACACUUUAACAGAGUUCAUGCGCUCGCACGGAUUCAAGGUAACACCCCAUCUUUCAGGUAUCCAAUCCGCCUGGAGGGCAGAGUGGUCAUAUGGAAAGGGUGGGCGCACCUUCGGCGUCAAUGCCGAAAUGGAUGCAUUACCGGGCCUCGGCCAUGCAUGUGGACACAACUUGAUAGCCGUGUCUGGAGUCGGUGUUGCACUCGGUGCCAAGGCGGCUCUGGAGAAACAUGAGAUUCCGGGUAAAAUCGUGUUGUUGGGUACCCCAGCCGAAGAGGGCGGAGGAGGAAAAGUGUUGCUUCUUGAGAGGGGCGCAUAUGAAGAUAUGGACAUUUGCGUGAUGUGUCAUCCUGGUCCUGGGCCUAAAAACUCAGUGGCGUCAGGGUCAAGUCUAGCCAUCCAACCCCUGGUCGUGGAAUAUUUUGGACAUUCCGCCCAUGCAGCCGCUGCUCCUUGGGAAGGACAAAAUGCGUUGGACGCGGCAGUCAUGGCAUAUAACAGCGUUGCAUUGUUGCGACAACAAAUGAAGCCCGAGUGCCGAGUGCAUGGGAUCAUUGAAGGCAGGGAUUGGGCAGCGAAUAUCAUCCCGGAUUAUGCGAAGAUGCAAUGGAUUGUACGGGCCCCAACGUAUGCGGAGUUGGGUAGUCUGCUUGUGCGUGUUCGGGCUUGCAUCAAUGCAGCAGCACUUGCUGCGAACUGCAGAAUCGAAAUAUCGGAGGGUGUUGCGUACUAUGAUUUACGACAAAACUCAGUUCUCGAGCAAGAAUUCCUAGGAACUGUAAGAGAACGUUACAGCAUGCGAUCUGCCGCGAAGGAUACUAGCGCAUCAACGGAUUUCGGCAAUGUCACUUACGCUCUUCCCGCUAUCCAUCCGACCUUCGCUAUACCGACUGUACCGAAUGGCGGGAACCACACUGCUGAGUUCACGAAAGCAGCACGGACGCGGGAAGCGCAUGAUGCUACAAUGACAGUGACGAAAGGCCUUGCACUCGUUGGCGUAAGGGCGUUAGACGAUGAAGCAUUUUUUAUCAACGUACGUCUCUGGCAUACUGGGCUUGACGAGGGACGGUGA